CGGCCCGAGCAGCGUGCAUUCAGUCAGGCAGUCAGUCAUGAGAAUGGAACUCAGCUCGUCGCUUGCCUGUGUGCUGGCCACACUCUUUGUUCUGGGCCUGGUCCGUGCGGAUGUGGGCGUGGCACAGCAGCAGCAGCAGCAGCAGCAACGUCUUCGCCUGCAACAAUUGUCGUAUCCAGCGGCUGGCUUUAAGCCCGCUCGGCAGUUUCCGCUGCCCGCACAGCCGCAGUCCGAGAGGCUCGUGGCCAACAGCGAGGCGCAGGAGGAUCUGGAUGAUGCCGCCGAGGAGGUGACCACGCGGCCCAAGAUAGCGGCACCUGUGCCAGCUCCAGCUCCAGUUCCAGUCCCUGUGCCCGCAGCUGCUCCUUUCACGCCCACAAUCGCCUACUAUCCAGCGGGUGCCGUGGGCUUUGUGCAUCCCACGACAUACGCCAAGGUUCUGGGAGCUCCACCAGCGGCUUAUGGCAAUUUGAUAGCCGCUCCACAGCUGCCACAGGCGGCGUACGCCAAAGUCCUGGCCGCACCACAGCAAGCGGCGUUUGCCAAGCUCCUGGCAGCUCCCCAACUGCAGCCCCAAGCGACGGCCGCCUAUGUGAACGCGCCCCAGUACUACGCCGCGUACUUUGGCUGAGUGGAGAGCCCCCUGCCGGAGGGAA